GUUCAUGACUGACUUCGCAACGUCCAUGACCAGGCCUAUGAGCUUGCCACCCUCACAGGCACACAGGUUCUUCUGCUCGUGGUGUCUUCGACCGGUCUCGUGUACACGUUUUCCACACCCAAGCUGAAGCCAGUUGUCCGAGAUCGCGAGGGAAGAGAGCUCAUCCAGACAUGUCUUAACGCCCCUGACCCAAUCCCAGGCGAUGAAGCUACCAGCAGCAGCGCUCCUAGCACUUCGACGGAUGCAAGUUCAGUACCCAUGCGAUCGGCCUCAUCGUAUCGAUCCUCCUCUCAGCCAACACGGGCUGAUCUGAUGCAAAGCUGCCGCACACCUACGAUCGACAGCCGCAUCAAGUCACCGCGUAUUCGCGCCUCAUCACCGAAUCGACCGAAUAAAAGGAGGCGGACUGCAUCCAGCCUGAACGAGUCUACGACCAUGUGCGCCAGCGGAGAUGUCCAAGAGAAUGACAACCAAGCAACCGGAUCGGACAAUGGUGCUGUGGGGAGACUCAUCGGGCGCCAGAGAGAUGACGCUGCAGCUGCUGUCGCAAUGGCCAAUCAUUCGCAUGCCAGCCAUACCCGCCGAGCCUCUCUGCAGCCCAUGUCAUUGCAGCAGAACGUCACCAAUGCCUUCGCGCAUCCUGCAGCGAAGCAAUUUAACCUGAUGCAAGGCGUCCAGCGCACGCAACACGACACGCACAUUCGCAGCGUCAGCGCGUUGAACCCUAGUGAGGAUCCCCGCAUGCAUGGAAACCAUGCCAUCAGCGGCCUGCCGCAGCCGACGUUCAUCAGCGCAGACGACGAGCAACAGCUUGCCAAUGCAAUACCGUGGAUAUCUGGACUCAGUACAAAGCUUCUCUAUGAUACACCCAAAGGCCAGAAUGCUUCUUUCUGGGGCACAGGUCCCAUGCUUGGCAGCAUGACGGAUGGUUCCGAUCCCGGCGCACAACAUUGGGGACGCUGACAGAUGUUGGCACGCCAGCGUGACUUUCGCUUCGCUUCACCACUAUUACUAGACCUUCACCGCUAUUUUUUUACAUUGCGCAUUUGGUAUUCUACAUUAUGCAUGCAAUAAAUCUUGG